CUAUUUUUAGCAAGACAUCCACAAUACCAAAAUGGAUCAACAGUUUGAGGACAUAGAUUCGUCUGGGCAGUGGCAAAACCUUUACAAUGAAAUCCGAAACCAAGCCAGUGAAUAUUCAUACAAAAUGGCAAAACUUCCAGAGAAUCGGAAUCGAAACCGAUAUAGAGAUGUCAGCCCCUAUGAUCACAGUCGUGUUAAACUUGAAAACUCUGAAAAUGACUACAUCAAUGCUAGUUUAGUCAUGGUGGAGGAAGCCCAAAGAACCUAUAUUCUAUCCCAGGGACCACUGAGGAACACCUGUGGUCACUUCUGGUUGAUGAUCUGGGAGCAGAACUCCAAAGCCGUUAUAAUGCUGAACAGAGUCAUAGAGAAGGGAUCUGAGAAGUGUGCUCAGUACUGGCCCACAGCUGAGGAACACCAGUUGUGUUACACUGACACAGGGUUUGUUGUGACGCUGGUGAAAGAAGAGGACAAGUCCUACUACAUCAUACGAGUGCUGGAGCUGAGGAAUACAGAGACAGGACGAACCAGAGAGAUAUACCACUUUCACUACACCACCUGGCCUGACUUUGGCGUCCCAGAAUCCCCGGCGUCCUUCCUCAACUUCCUGGUCAAGGUGCGGGAGUCUGGCUCAUUGGGGGCGGAGCAUGGGCCCGCCGUGGUCCACUGCAGCGCUGGGAUUGGACGCUCGGGGACCUUCUCAUUGGUUGACACGUGUCUCAUCCUGAUGGAUAAGAGGAAGGACCCGUCGUCGGUGGACAUCCAGAGGGUUCUGCUGGACAUGAGGGAGUACAGGAUGGGUCUGAUCCAGACUCCUGACCAGUUACGCUUCUCCUACAGGGCAGUCCUGGAGGGAGCCAAGUGCAUCGUGGGAGACUGCUCUGCACAGAGCCAGUGGAGAGAGCUGUCCAGACAGGACAGAGAGACAGUGUGUGAGUCGCCCCCUGCCCCCCCUCCCAGGUGUCUCUCCGACGCCCCCCCUCCACCCCCGCCACGGCCUUUAGACAACCCUGCCACCCCCGUCCCCAGUCGGCCCUCAGACAAGCCCAACGGCCAGCCGCUGCCCUGUGUGGAGCCUGAGGCUGUGGCGUUGUCCAGAGAGGACGGGACAUCAGGAGACGGGCCAGAUCCAGAUAGCUCCAGCUCAGAGAAGGACCGGGCGGAGGUGACGAGGUCAGGGCCAGAUCCAGACAGCUCCAGCUCAGAGAAGGACCGGACGGAGGUGACGAGUCUGAGGAGGAGACACCGGGAGGAGCGGAUCGCCAGCACGGCCCAGAAGCUGCACCUAAUGAAACAGAGACUGACGGACACAGAGAGGCAGAGAGAGCGCUGGCUGUACUGGAGGCCUAUCCUGCUCAACGUGGGGGCUGGAGCUGCCGUGGCCUUGGGUCUAAUGGUGGUGUGGCUCUUCUCCCAGUGAUACCCCCUCCCUCUGUCUGAGCUGCCGUGGCCUUGGGUCUAAUGGUGGUGUGGCUCUUCUCCCAGUGAUGCCCCCUCCCUCUGUCUGAGCUGCCGUGGCCUUGGGUCUAAUGGUGGUGUGGCUCUUCUCCCAGUGAUGCCCCCUCCCUCUGUCUGAGCUGCCGUGGCCUUGGGUCUAAUGGUGGUGUGGCCCUUCUCCCAGUGAUACCCCCUCCCUCUGUCUGAGCUGCCGUGGCCUUGGGUCUAAUGGUGGUGUGGCUCUUCUCCCAGUGAUACCCCCUCCCUCUGUCUGAGCUGCCAUGGCCUUGGGUCUAAUGGUGGUGUGGCUCUUCUCCCAGUGAUACCCCCUCCCUCUGUCUGAGCUGCCGUGGCCUUGGGUCUAAUGGUGGUGUGGCUCUUCUCCCAGUGAUACCCCCUCCCUCUGUCUGAG